AGGCAAGUACCCGAAUCAGCUUAGGUUAGACUCAAUUUUUACUAUUAACAAGUAAAAUGUGUUCUACGUGAAUUUAAGUGCCGCAAAAAACAGGAAAAUAAAAUAUAGGAUCUGCAGCAGUAAUAUACCAUCAUCAGGCAUGGCUGGGCUGCUCAAGUCGUUUGCCAACCUGCAAAUAUCCUGCAAAUUUCUCUAUCCUAGGGUUGAAGCCGUCACGGUACCUUCAAGAGGCAGAAAACAUUUGAACUAUACGCCAAGGAAACGCCACCCUGUAUGGCUGCCAAAACAAACUCGCGUGCAAUACAACGAAAACCUCACCUCCGAAAAUGCUCAGUUCCUCAAAGAAGUCGUCAAUACUAAAUAUGGUAACCCUGCAUUCAGUCUGAGUGCCGCUGGGCAUGUAUCGCCUCUGAAAGUUGAGCCAAUUGAACCAACAGCGGAAUGGCAACCGGAAUAUCGACGCACUGGUGUUAUUGCUAAGAAAAUUGGAGUCUAUCCACUGUGGAUGAAGAAUGGAAAAAGAGUUAUCACCACGCUUUUACAGGUGCUGGAUAAUCAUGUGGUAAAAUACAUACCGCCAGAAGAGUUCAAGCCAAUACUGUUUCAGCGUAGGCACAAAAAUAAUCCUAGGCAGGAAAAAUUAGGUUGCCUUGUGGUUGGUUCAGACAGCUGCGACCCUCAGAAAUUCACCAAGGAAUAUUGUGGCAUCUUUGCUGACUCCGGCGUUAUGCCUAAACGUAUAUUAACUAGGUUCCGCGUUUCACCUGAAGCAGCACUAGCACCUGGUACACCACUUGUUGCCGCACAUUACAAGCCCGGACAAAUUGUUGAUAUCAGAGGCAAGACUAUCGACCGUGGUUUUCAAGGGGUAUGCAAACGUUGGGGAUUCAAAGGUGGUCCAGCCUCGCACGGUGUAACAAAAACUCAUAGAAGACCUGGAAAUAUUGGUGGUGGUGGUGAAAAGGGUCGCGUAUGGCCCGGGACGAAAAUGCCGGGUCACAUGGGUAAUAGUAUGCGGAUACACAAGGGCGCCAAAAUUCUUCGAAUCAAUACAAAAUAUAACGUAUUAUGGAUUCUUGGCAUAGCUAUUCCGGGUGAAACAAACUCAUUCGUAUCCAUAUAUGACACAAUUUUACCGCUAAGGAGACCAAAAGAAGCCCCGAUGUUUCCAACUUAUUUACCCACAGCAGAUGAACCCUUACCAGAAGACUUGUACUGCGAUGAGUUGCAUCCCUUUACAGCACCCACUAUUGAAUUCAAGGAAGAAUCGUAAUACGUGUAUUCUAAUAUGUUAGAAAAAUACAGAUGAUAUCAACUGUCUUAUGUAAAUA